UCCUUUAAUAAGUAUUUCUUUUAUAUAAAAGUUACAUACGUUCCCCAUAUUCUCAUUCAAGAUAUCUAAAGCCAUCAAAUCCAUAAGCUAUUUGUUGUAAUUUAAGGUUCAUCGAAAUGGCGAAUCAAGCAACUUUUGCAGCAUUCUUCCUUUUUACUUUAGCUGUCUUCUCCAACAUGGAGCUCUCGGCUUCUUCACUUGUCAGCGGCAAGGUCUCUUGCCUUGACUGUCACCACGAUUUCGACUUCUCAGGUAUUAGGGUUCUAGUAAAGUGCGAUGGAGAGAAGAAACAGAUAACCGCAAUGGCAGCUUCAGACGGAUCUUUCCUGACAGUGCUUCCCGCGGCCUACAAAAAGGGCUCUAUGAAUUGUCUUGCAAAGCUCUUGGGAGGUCCUGAGCAACUCUAUGCUCACAAACACAACUUGGUCUCUGAACUGGUCAUGUCUAAACACGAUUCCAAAGUUUUAACUACCUCAAACCCACUUCCCUUCUCUCUCUCAUGCCCCAAACCAACCGAAGAUAAUGUUGGAAAUAUGAUCGGAGAUUCGAAGACUGUUAAUUUCCCAGGGGCAGGAGGUUUCGGAUUUCCACCAGCCAGCUUCUUUCCCUUCUUACCAAUCAUUGGUAUCCCAUGAUUUUAAUCAAGUGUUACAUUUAAGUACUCUAAAAGACAUAUUUAUAGCUAUGUUUUGUUGUUUACGUGAAUCUCUGUUACAAAUUAAAGCCAGCAAAGACAAAAGGUUUCAAAUUAAAUGAUUUUAGUGAAGAUAUAAAGUAUGUUUUAUGCAUUAAGAAAAUGUUGCCUCUUGUAGUUUUAAUCAGUUGCCUUUGUAACGAGUUUGUAAUAAGAAGGUUGGGUUACUCCAACGAUAUAAUACGUUUUAUGGUGAUAUUCGAUGCUUUUACGUA